AAGCAGAGAUUUCUAAACCACAAGGAUGAAGAAGAUUGCAGUCCUGAUUCUAGCAUUCAGCGGCUGUCUAUCUGAAGCGCAAGUCAAUGAAAACAAUGACAAAGCCUGUCAGUGCUCAGGAUCAACCAGUUGCUGUGAAAUCUACUCUCUAACUUCCAUAACUCAAAGCCUGGGAGCAAUGGGAGAGAAAAUCGCAAACAUGGCGGAAAAAAUAACACUCCUGGAGGCUAAGUUGCAAAACACUGAAAAAGAGGUUCUGGAGCUGCGGAGCCUGAGUCUGACUGGAGGCAAACCUGAGGUGGCCUUUUCUGCAGCGCUCAGAGAAUCUGGCUCUGGAAACACUGGACCUUUCACCACUGCUACCCCACUGCAGUAUAAGAAAGUCUUCUCCAACACUGGCAAUAACUACAAUCCUUCAACAGGCAUUUUCACAGCAAUGGUCAAAGGAAUGUACUUCUUUCGAUUCUCCAUGUUCAACAACCUCAAUGCUGUCCCCAGCUCUGUUGUGAGCCUCAUGAAGAACGGUGUCCGGCUCACAUCUGUCUGGGACACCUCAGGGUCUGACAGCAACGACAUGGGCAGCAACGCUGUGGUCAUCCCCCUCGAGGUGGGAGACAAUGUGUAUGCAGAGCUCCAGGCAAACAGGAUAGUCUAUGAUGACAGCAUGAACUACAACACCUUCAGUGGUUUUCUGCUCUUCACUAUGUGAUUCAAACAACAUGAUUUCAGGUCUGCCUGGGUCUUCGUGCUUUGACAGUAAAUAUCUAACUUUAUUCAUUCUGCUAACUCAUAGCUUGGGAAGUAAAAUCUGUGAAAAACUAGACACACACAAGCCAUGUGCUGUGUAUGGAUUUUAGAUUAGACAUUGUAAUAAUGAUAAUACCUGGAUAUAAAAAUAAAUAUCAAGCUUACUCUUCA